CGGGAAACCCCGCGUGCUGCCGGGAUCGCGUCUCUGUCCAUGAGGGGGGGAGGGGGUGGCGCGCGCGCCAUUUCUAGUCGUUUUCAAAGCGCCUCGCGCUGAUUCUCACGGGCCCGGCCGUCGGCCCCAGCUCUGCCCCGCAUAAUAAAAUGGCUAAUCAGGUGAAUGGUAAUGCGGUACAGUUAAAAGAAGAGGAAGAACCAAUGGAUACUUCCAGUGUAACUCACACAGAACACUACAAGACACUGAUAGAGGCAGGCCUCCCACAGAAGGUGGCAGAAAGACUUGAUGAAAUAUUUCAGACAGGCUUGGUAGCUUAUGUCGAUCUUGAUGAAAGAGCCAUUGAUGCUCUCAGGGAAUUUAAUGAAGAAGGAGCUCUGUCUGUACUACAGCAGUUCAAGGAAAGUGACUUAUCACAUGUUCAGAACAAAAGUGCAUUUUUAUGUGGAGUUAUGAAGACCUACAGGCAAAGGGAGAAACAGGGGAGCAAGGUGCAAGAGUCUACAAAGGGACCCGAUGAAGCAAAGAUCAAGGCCUUGCUUGAGAGGACUGGUUAUACCCUGGAUGUAACCACAGGACAGAGGAAGUAUGGUGGUCCUCCACCAGACAGUGUGUACUCUGGCAUGCAACCUGGAAUUGGAACAGAAGUCUUUGUAGGUAAAAUACCGAGAGAUUUAUAUGAGGAUGAGUUGGUGCCCCUUUUUGAAAAGGCUGGUCCCAUUUGGGAUCUACGUCUUAUGAUGGAUCCACUGUCUGGUCAGAACAGAGGGUAUGCAUUUAUCACCUUCUGUGGAAAGGAAGCUGCACAGGAAGCUGUUAAACUGUGUGACAGCUAUGAAAUUCGCCCUGGUAAACACCUUGGAGUGUGCAUUUCUGUGGCAAACAACAGGCUUUUUGUUGGAUCAAUUCCGAAGAAUAAGACUAAAGAAAACAUUCUGGAAGAAUUCAGUAAAGUCACAGGUUUAACAGAGGGUUUGGUGGACGUUAUUCUCUAUCAUCAACCCGAUGACAAAAAGAAGAAUCGGGGGUUCUGCUUCCUUGAGUAUGAGGAUCACAAGUCAGCAGCACAAGCCAGACGCCGGCUGAUGAGUGGAAAAGUAAAAGUAUGGGGAAAUGUAGUUACGGUUGAAUGGGCUGACCCUGUGGAAGAACCAGAUCCAGAAGUCAUGGCUAAGGUGAAAGUUUUAUUUGUGAGAAACUUGGCUACUACAGUGACAGAAGAAAUACUGGAAAAGUCGUUUUCUGAAUUCGGAAAACUUGAAAGAGUGAAGAAGUUGAAAGAUUAUGCAUUUGUUCAUUUCGAAGACAGAGGAGCAGCUGUUAAGGCCAUGGAUGAAAUGAAUGGCAAAGAAAUAGAAGGGGAAGAAAUUGAAAUAGUCUUAGCCAAGCCACCAGACAAGAAAAGGAAAGAGCGCCAAGCUGCUAGACAGGCCUCCAGAAGCACUGCGUAUGAAGAUUAUUACUAUCACCCUCCUCCUCGUAUGCCACCUCCAAUUAGAGGUCGGGGUCGUGGUGGGGGGAGAGGUGGAUAUGGCUACCCUCCAGAUUACUAUGGCUAUGAAGAUUACUAUGAUGAUUACUAUGGUUAUGAUUAUCAUGACUAUCGUGGAGGCUAUGAAGAUCCCUACUACGGCUAUGAUGAUGGCUAUGCAGUAAGAGGAAGAGGAGGAGGAAGGGGAGGGCGAGGUGCUCCACCACCACCAAGGGGGCGGGGAGCACCACCUCCAAGAGGUAGAGCUGGCUAUUCACAAAGGGGGGCACCUUUGGGACCACCAAGAGGCUCUAGGGGUGGCAGAGGGGGUCCUGCACAACAGCAGAGAGGCCGUGGUUCCCGUGGAUCUCGGGGCAACCGUGGGGGCAAUGUAGGAGGCAAGAGAAAGGCAGAUGGGUACAACCAACCUGAUUCCAAGCGCCGUCAGACCAACAACCAACAGAACUGGGGUUCCCAGCCCAUCGCUCAACAGCCGCUUCAGCAAGGUGGUGACUAUUCUGGUAACUAUGGUUACAAUAAUGACAACCAGGAAUUUUAUCAGGAUACUUAUGGGCAACAGUGGAAAUAGACAAGUGAGGGCUUGAAAAUGAUACUGGCAAGAUACGAUUGGCUCUAGAUCUACAUCCUUCAAAAAAAAAAUUGGCUUAUCUGUUUCAUCUUUAAGUAGCAGUUUGCUGCCAUUUGUAUUGGGCUGAAGAAAUCACUAUUGUGUAUAUACUCAAGUCUUUUUAUUUUUUCCUCUUUUCAUAAAUGCUCUUGGACAUUAUUGGGCUUGCAGAGUUCCCUUAUUCUGGGAGUUACAAUGCUUUUAUCCUUUCAGGCUUCAUUUUAGCUUCAAAACAAGCUGAGCACACUGUUAAAUCAUGAUUUUGCAGAACCUUUGGUUUUGGACAGCUUCAUUUUUUGGAUUUGGGAUAGAUUACCUAGCAGUAUGGAGUAUGCUGUAAAUAAAAAUACAAGCUAGUGCUUUGUCUUAGUAGUUUUAAGAAAUUAAAGCAAACAAAUUUAAGUUUUCUUGUAUUGAAAAUAACCUAUGAUUGUAUGUUUUGCAUUCCUAGAAGUAGGUCAACUGUGUUUUUAAAUUGUUAUAACUUCACACCUUUUUGAAAUCUGCCCUACAAAAUUUGUUUGGCUUAAACGUCAAAGCCGUGACAAUUUGUUCUUUGAUGUGAUUGUAUUUCCAAUUUCUUGUUCAUGUAAGAUUUCAAUAAAACUCAAAAAUCUAUUCAAAA